AUCAACGUUGAUGCAAUUUUUCUUGAAAUAAAUAAUAAUUUCGUAAAUUGACUACAAUAAACAAUGGCAACAAAUAUGGAAGUGGACACAGCGCGGUCCAGUGUUAUGGCCGUGGCCAGCACGGGAAGUGUGUCAGUGGCUCUUCACCCAUUGGUAAUCAUGAACAUUUCCGAGCACUGGACCAGAGUUCGAGCACAGGAAGGGAAGGCUGUACAAGUCCUUGGAGCAUUGAUAGGAAAGCAGACAGGGAGAGCUAUUGAAGUGAUGAACAGCUUUGAGUUGCUGUUUGACAUUGUGGACAAGGAUGUGGUCAUUGACAUGGUCUACUAUCAGACAAAGGAAGAACAAUUCAAGCAGGUGUUCAGUGACAUGGAGUUUCUGGGAUGGUACACUACUGGGGGCCCUCCCACAGAUGCUGAUAUACAUGUUCACAAACAGAUUUGCACCAUCAAUGAAAGCCCCGUGUUGCUGAAGAUGAACCCUGUAGCAAUACACCAAGAUCUGCCGGUAGCAGUGUAUGAAUCUGUGAUAGAUCUGAUUAGUGGGGAAGCAACUAUGCUUUUUGUGGAGCUACAGUACACGCUGGCCACAGAGGAGGCGGAGAGGAUUGGGGUGGAUCAUGUUGCCCGUGUCUCCACUGCAGACUCAAGUGAAGCAUCCAGCGUUGCUGAGCAGUUGAUAGCACAACACAAUGCCAUCAAGAUGUUGUUUAGCAGAGUGAAAUUGAUCCUGGAAUACAUAAAGGCUGUUGAGGCGGGUACGUUGCCAAAGAACCAGGACAUUCUACGCGAGGCCUACAGUCUGUGUUACAGACUCCCUGUGCUCAACUCAGACAAGUUCAAGGAGGACUUCUUUAAUCAAUGUAACGAUGUCUGUCUGAUGGCUUACCUGGGCACCAUAACAAAGGGAUGUAACACUAUCAACCAGUUUGUGAACAAGUUUAAUGUGAUCCAUGAUCGCCACUCAAUGGGUAGAAGAAUGAGAGGGCUGUUUUUCUAGAGGGCUGGUACAGUUCCAUCCAUGGAUGCAGUUACUAAUUGCGGGGCUUUGUGCCCAUGUUAUUAUGUAGACACAGACAAAUGUGCUGGAUGUUGGCCUCAUGAAAUGUUUUAAAAUAAUAGUGAGGGGGAUGCAGGAUCCUUGAUGUCUACAUGCGUUAAUGCAGAAUUCUAACAUUGAAUGUGUAAUUGAUAUUCUUCGCAAAAGAGAUCCUUUUGAAUUCAGUUUAAAAUAUGCAUGCAAUUCAUUUAAUCUUUCUGAUGCUUGUUGACAAAGCUACUGAAGGUAUUUGUUUUUGUUUGCAUGUAAGUGUAAGAAUAUCAACUCUCAGUGAUAAUGUGUAUUGUUUGUUAAUUGGUGUAUAUACAUUAAAUUGUGAUAUUAAAUCUUAAAACAUGA